CUGCUACGAGAAAAAACAGAGAAAAAAGGGGGACGAAGACACGAGCAGUAUCGACAUCUCGAAAUUAGUCUAAGGCUUAAGACAAAACCCGAUCAAUUUCGGAAAAAAGAUCUAUACUUGCUUCCUCACUUCCUCUUCCUGUUGCAGUGAGAGUGAGGGGAACGCUGUUCAUGCUUAUGGUGUUUCUGCUUUCUGGGCAUUGGAGCAAUAUGUUGGAAUUCAUGUGCAGAAUGUUGUGGAGCUGGCUGCUAACACCAAAUUUGGUUCAGCUCAAGCAAUUUUAGCUUCCGAUACCCUCCAUACCAGCAAUAUCAUCCAGCCUUCACUAUUAAAUAUUUACUUGUCUGUUGCUCAGUUGGAGACUCGGGGAGUGCCUUCGGAAAAGGUUAAAAGUUGACGUCUGGUUUUCAUAUCCUAUUGUAAUUCAGAAAAUUGGGGCGAGUCAGCAUGGCUGAUGCUAGUCCAAUAACUGACAUCUCUACCGAUGGAGACACGGAUGAGAAAAAUCAAAGGUUUGAUAGAAAUCAAUCUAGUGCUCUUGUGGCUUCUGAUUCUAGUGACCGAUCAAAGGAUAAAUUGGAUCAGAAGUCUCUUCGUAGGCUUGCUCAGAAUCGGGAGGCUGCUCGGAAAAGUCGAUUGCGGAAGAAGGCAUAUGUGCAACAGCUUGAGAGCAGCCGUUUGAAGCUGACUCAACUGGAGCAGGAACUCCAGCGUGCUCGGCAGCAGGGAAUCUUCAUUUCAAGCUCAGGAGACCAAGCACAUUCAAUGAGUGGAAAUGGGGCCAUGGCAUUCGAUGUAGAAUAUGCACGUUGGCUGGACGAUCAUAAUCGACAAAUUAGUGAAUUGAGAGCUGCGGUGAAUUCUCAUGCGGGUGAUGCAGAACUUCGUAUUAUUGUCGAUAACGUGCUGGCGCACUAUGAUGAAAUUUUUAAGCUGAAGAGCAAUGCUGCCAAAGCUGAUGUUUUCCAUCUGUUGUCGGGCAUGUGGAAAACUCCUGCUGAGAGAUGUUUCUUAUGGCUUGGUGGCUUUCGUUCAUCUGAGGUUCUCAAGCUUCUUAUGAAUCAACUGGAGCCUUUGACGGAACAGCAGUUGUUGAGUGUUACCAACUUGCAGCAAUCCUCCCAACAGGCAGAAGAUGCAUUGUCUCAAGGGAUGGAGGCAUUGCAGCAGUCUCUGGCAGAGACGUUGUCCAGUGGAUCUCCUGGCUCAUCUGGUUCAUCUGGAAAUGUGGCAAACUACAUGGGUCAAAUGGCCAUGGCCAUGGGAAAGCUAGGGACUCUUGAGGGCUUCAUUCGCCAGGCUGACAAUCUGCGGCAGCAAACUCUACAGCAACUGCAUCGAAUAUUGACAACUCAUCAGUCUGCUCGUGCACUUCUUGCCAUACAUGACUAUUUUUCUCGUUUACGAGCUCUUAGUUCUCUGUGGCUUGCCCGACCAAGAGAGUGAAUGCGCUAUGCAGUGUGACGGGACUGAUUAACAACAUAGAUCAUGCAGGAAAUCUCAAAUGCCGAAUUUAACCUUUUAAUUCAGCAGUUGUGAUAUUUAGUGUGUAGUCAUUGGAAGUCUUGUUUAAAAUUUAUUUGCAAGUUAUCCGAGUGUUGUAACUAGUAACCCGAAAUUCUUGUACAUGGUUCUUGUAUUACCCAUCAACUAGUCAGCACAUGUCUCAUGUUUAUUAUUUUAUAUUUGAAUCAUACUCGGUCAUUUGAUUGCGAUGUAGUCGAGACUUGGAAAGUCCAUUUUCCUUGUAACCAACGUUCUCAAAUUCUAUUUAAGUUGGAAGUGAGAAUUGACAUCAGGGAUUCA